AUGGUUGGAGUCGCAGGAAGUUCCAAGGGCUGCAACACGUGCCGGAAACGCAAGAUCCACUGUGAUGGAGACAGACCGUCGUGUGCACGAUGUCGAAAAACCAAUCGUGUCUGCGGGGGUUAUGAGAGGGAACGACACUUUAAGAAUCUGAGCGCCUUGGACCGCGAGACGUUUGACUCCGGAACGGGUGGCACCACCGUAACGACCGCGAGGAUAACGCCCCAAGACCAAAACAUUGAGGGGAUAAGACACGCCGCCGGGCUUGCGGAGGUGUUUAUCGACUUUCUCGCCAACUACAUCCCCAGGAGAAAGGAAGAAGGAGAGGAAGGAGAAGGAGAAGGACAUGACACUAGACUUCAGAACGAGCAAAAGACCCAACAAGUUUCCUGGCUCCAAGCCAUCGACCCGUCGUCGUUGGAAAACAGCGCCUCGCUCGAUCUCGCAAUCCUGGCAUUGAGUCUCUCGUGUCUGGGUCGCAGACACGGCGACGAGCGGCUCCGACGUGAGGGCACGGCCAACUACGGGAGAGCGCUGCGUCGACUCCAGGACAGUCUCUCGCACCACAGUCUGCUUUUGGAGGAGCAGACUCUGGCCAGUUGUAUGGCCUUGUCGAUAUUCGAGGCAUGUCUCCCAUUCUCCGGGAAGAACACCUGCGGAUGGGUCAGCCACGUCGAAGGCAUGGCGAGGUUAGUCGAGCUUCGAGGACCCGAGUCCCAUAUGACGGGAUCGAGCCAUCGACUCUUCCUGGGAUUCAGAUCCACCGCUAUCACCCACGCCCUGGCCACGCGCAAAUCGAUCUUUCUCGCCCGACCCGACUGGCUGACCGUGCCGUGGAAGAUACACCCCAAGUCAGAUCUUGACCGGUUACAGGAUAUCAUGGCUCAAAUCGCGACUCUGCUCGAGAAAGCCGAACGACUUAGGACUGCCUCUACCACCACCACCGCCGCCGCCGUGCCAGAGAGGACAGCACUCGUCCAGGAAGGGAGGACAUUCCACUCUCAACUCCAGACCUGGUACCAGCGACUGGUCCGCAAGCACGCCGGGUGUGGAGCGCUGUACUGGGAGCGUCCGGUGUCGGCACGGUUUCAUCUGCCUAUCCCGAGCGUGUUUACAACGUCACUACAGUUUCCGACCUUUGAAAUCGCCCGGCUCCAUCUCUCCUACUGGACCAUGCUGCUCUUACUGCGCACGAGCAUCCUCUCCCUUGCCUUGCGAGAGUCGUACCCAAGCGACACUGACACUGAUGCCGCACCUCCUUCUCCUCCUUCUUCUCCUCCUCCAGAGGUUCCAGACCUCCCAGACCACCACCUCGCAACCAUGAUAUGCAAGUCAAUGGACUUCUUCCUCUCCGACGACGCGCGCAUCAUGGGUCCGCAAAACGUGUUUUUCGCCCUCCGCGUCGCGACACACGUGUUUUCCCGCGCCGCCGCCGCCGCCACCACCACCACCGCUGGAACACCCCACCACCACCUGCGAAUCGUCGAGUGGUGUCGCGCCGUCUUUGACGAGUUGGAUCGCCGGGGGUAUUCGUUGGGCAGGAUCUUGGCGGCGUGUCCGUGGGAUGAGAUUCCGGCCUUGUUGUCCCCUCGCAACCAGGGCAUGACCUCACAACAACAAAGGCCAGGGGCGGGGGUAGAGCUAGGGGAUAUGGGAGAGGGAUACGGCCAAGGGUAG